UAUCGAAUAAGACGUUUCGUUUACAAAAACGUGACACAUCAUUUUGCUGUCCCCCAAACGUACAACGGACUCUGUGUUCAUGUAUUCUGCUCAAAAUGUCGAGAGUUCGAAGCAAAAUGCGACGCUAGCACGUCGUUAUCUCAAUGUUACACAGAGGGAGGAAGUGCACAAGAAGGCCUUUACCAAAUGGGUAAACUCCAGGCUCGCUCAGGCAGAUCCACCUAUCGAAAUUAAGAAUCUGGAUCGGGAUUUCUGUGAUGGCAUAGCGCUCCUAAGUUUGCUGGAAGUUCUUCUCGAUAUUCGCACGCAACGAGACGCAGGAAAAACAAGGGUCCAUAGGCUGAACAAUGUACAGCGUGCUCUACAGAUCUGCAGCGAACACGGGAUCCAGCUGUUUGGUAUCAGCGCGUCUGAUAUUGUCAACGGUACUCGCAAAACAACGCUAGGGUUGAUAUGGAAUAUCAUCCUUCAUUUCCAGCUACAAAACCCAACAAAGAGCGACUCCAAGGACUUCAGCGUAGAGCGCGCCCUUCAGGAGUGGUGCCAGGAAAGACUUGAACGGUACAAAGAUCUCGUCACAAUACGGGAUUUCUCCAAAAGUUGGCGUGACGGCCUGGCGUUUAAUGCAAUACUGCACUCGUAUCGCGGGAGUUUGUUCGACUUCGGGAAAAUCAUUCAGCAGGACACCUUCACAAGACUGGAUAACGCGUUCAGCACCGCAAACCUCGUCUGGUCGGUGCCCAAACUACUAGACCCGAGCGAUGUGGAUGUAGAGAAGCCCGACAAGAAGAUGAUCACCAUGUAUCUGAGUUGUUUGUACGAGAAGAUCAUAGCAAACCCUCAUGGUAACCUACCGGAAGGAAUCACAAGCUCGGAGGAAAGCAUCGCGUUACCGUCACGUGACGCGGAAUCCGCCAAUCAGGAAGAGGCUCCGGACGACAUUGAAGGACUUCCGGUUAAGACGAAGAAGGUUCUAGAAGCUUCCCCUGCACGUAUGGAACAGAUAUCUCCGUUGGACAUUAAUCUGAAUAAUAUAGAAAACAUAAAUAGAGUUGAUGAAACACACCACCUUUAUUCUAAAGCUGAUAACGAAACUUCUGCACAUGACAAAUCAAACGCAAAUAACACUCAAGAACUACCGCUGGAAAUUAGUACUGCUGGCCCUAUGUCACAAACUUCCACAGCUGUAACUGAAAACGAUCGAAAAACAGAUUUUAAAGACAUUUAUCAGCUUCCGACUACCAAGGCUGAUUCCAGUGCGCAUGUCACAAAGGAAAAAGUACAAGUUAUCAGAACUUCGGGCGGUCAAGGAAUAUCUGAAGGGUCACGUGUAACUCGAAUAAUAACAAAACGUACUGUGACAACUCACAAAGUGCCUUCUUUCACUAACCCGCAAAGCACGAGGUCUAAUCCUCGAGUGAAGAAAAAGGUGUUUUAUCUAAAGAAGAAUACACCCCGUAGCUCCCACGCAAGAAGCUCGCCCCAGUUUCCGCCAAUUUCUAUAGAAGAGACGAAGACAAUAAGAAUAAACUCCGUCUCCAGCUGCACGCCAUCAACUUCCUCGGUUUCUUUAGACGGUCAGGCUACUGAUGGCAAAAAAAAUCGGACGCGUAAAAGAAAUCGCCACAGAAAGCAACUAACUCCGCUAACAUACCCGUACAGCCGGCUGCAAACACUAGACGAGGACUCGGAUCUUCUCGAAAGAAGAGUCGAUCACAGCAAGAUGUACAGCUUCUCCUCUAUAUCUGAUUCAGAGUCUUCCCCAGAAAAUAAUGAUGAUGAUCUCCUCAGUCAAGAUUCUGCUAUCGGCGACAUGGGGACGAUCAUUUCCCGAGGGCCUCAAACUCCUUAUUCAGCCAAUUUAGCGAAAUCAAAGUCGGAUACGACGAUACACCGUUUACGCGGCGAACCCGACCCGAUUGCUUCACGAGAACAGAGGUCAAAGCUGUUAAGCUCUUCAAAAUCAGAAUCCGUCCCUUUGAUGAACGAAUCUUGCCGAGAUUUCCCCUACAGUCCUAAAGAUAAAACUUAUAAUAAAACAGUUUUGCUUGCUGAUUUGAAAAAGCGAGGCUUUAGAACAAGUAAUUUCCCUUGCAGUGGCAGUAACACUAACAUCGACUAUGAAGCAUACUUAGACAGACGCCUAGAAGACGCCGAGUCAUCCAUUACUGAUCUGGAACAGUGCCUUCCCAUGUCGCAUAGCGACAGCAUUGACCUUGGCUUCGCAAAGAAGACCCUCGACGAAACUAAGGUCGUCGUGUACACACUAGACAAACUAAAGUUUGGGGUACAAGACGUCAUCAGACUUGGACGCGGAUUAGUUGACGACGGUUAUUUUGACGAGAAAACGUCACACGGUUUCACUCGGAGAAUCAACAUCCUUGAGAAUCGUCUGAAUGAUUUGAGAGCACAUAGUAGCAAGGAGAUGGCAAGGCUGUACGAUCUGUACGUCAUCCUGCUGAGACAGAACAUCGACAGGAUACAUGAUUGGCUUUUACGAGCGGAGUCCCGGAUGACGCUGGACGACGGUAUUGGUCCAACGCACGACGACGUUCUACAGCAACAAAAAGAACAUUUCGAGUUCCAGAAGGAUCUUGGUGUCUUUUCCUCGAUCAAUAUGAUUUUUGAGAUCGACGUAGAAGAUCUACUUCUAGACAAGCAUCUGAGUGAGGAGGUACAGUCGGCGAGUGAGCGGUGGGCGAAGGUGUUUAACUGGGCGGAGGAGAGGAAACAGCGACUGAACGAAGUGCUGUUUGACUGGGAGCAAUUACGAAACUCGGAGCGGGAAAUAUUGGAAUGGAUGAGGGAGCGCGAAUAUGAACUUGAGGUCGUGGGGAGUACUGAUAUAACGAAUGGCGAAGAAGUUGCUGAACACAUUCGAGUUCUACAGGACGCGGUAGACCAAUUGAAUCAAGGUGGUCGACGGUUGGACACACUUCGUAACAUCAGCGUACGUCUCAUAGCAGAUGCGCAGUACAGCGACUCAGUGGCUCAGCGAAUCAAGAGCGAGGUGCAAGAUUUUGAUGACUGCUGGCGAUCAGCACUCGAAAACACAACCAGCCGCAUCGCCCAGCUAACAUGUGCUCGAGAAAGGUUCUUGGAAAUGUCUGCUUUGGUACAAAACGUCAAGGAGUGGCUGUGUGGAGUCGAGGAUAUUCUUAGAAAAUCUAACGAGUCUACUGGAAAACAGAAAGACGAGGAGAGGUCGUGUUUACAUGAGAUUGAGCUGAAAUACGACCAACGAUACGAAAAGCACCUAAAGGUUGACAGAAUUACUCAACUCGAGGCGGCCAUUGCCGAAGAGAUCGAUCAGCCUUCCCAUGAUGCAAUGCACUUGGUCACCACUAAUUUGAUCAAAAGAUACCAAGAGGCGUGCGAGGGACUGGAGAGGAGAAGAGAGGGAUUACCGCUGCCUCAGCACGAUGACUGUUGUCUCAUGAAAUAUCUUAAAAGGAGAAUAAUGUUCGGCGGCUAUCCUGAGAAGUUCGCAAACUUUUUCACUAAAUGAUAAUUGUUGUUGAAUGAAUAAUAAAUGCAUUUGUUUUGUA